UCACACCUGCAUGCGACAUGAGUGGGUUGCUAUGCACCCACAUACUUAGGCAAUAGCAAAGUCACACCUUAGUGGAUCCAAAAAUAGAAAUCUGAUGUCAACUUACUACUCCCUGGCCGUUUUGACGUCAUCACUUUCAAGCCCUAUACACAGCACUAGAUCAACUUUAGUGGCGUAACUGUCGACCCAUGGCGUCCCAGACAUUUUUCUCAAGACGCACUAGAUCGAAAGUUAGGGGCGUAACUGUUUUAUCCCAAAACAUCCCAAACAUUUUCUCAAGAGGAGCUACCACGUCCCUUUUAACAAAUGCCUGAUAGAGAGUAUAAAGGAGCUCUAAGUUAGCAAAAGAAAGUUCAGUUCUCCAAAGUCUCCUUCACUUUGAAUUCAUUCAAGUACACUUGACCUCUUUCAUCAAACCUUACUUAUUGUACGUAAUAUCUGAUAUCAAUAUUUGAACAACACUAAAUAUGGUAGGUGAAAAGUGCUCCACUCCCUCCCCCACUGCCUUGGAUGUGUUUGAUGUUAGUCAGUCACGUGACGGGCACAUAGUCAUCGAUCCCGUCUGUGAUGAGAAGCAUGUCGAUGGUAGUGGUGAUGGCGGUAGUGGAACGUUGUCAGAGAGACGUUCGUAUUCCAUACCAACCUCCGGAGGACGUAUGCAGAUGACCGUGGACAAGUUGGUCGAGGAAUUAUCCAAAACAAUGAGUGAAAGCCCCAAUGGACUAGUGUUUCGAUUUCGCGACUGUUCUACUCCAGUCCCAUCAGCUUUGUCUGAUCCCCGCCAGGAACAGCAGCGGACAACAGUCCGACAAUCGGUGGAGAUUGGAAUCUUGAAGAACUUCACACCUGCAGCCGCGCGAACGUCCCUUGGUGUGCACGUGAACGGGUCGUGGGGUGGCACCUCCCUAGAUGUGGCCGCUGCAGGGAGAAAGCUGAUCGUCAAAGUACAACUGGCUCUUUCCUUGCCCACCAGCAAGAAACAGGAUCGCAGUACAAAAGUUCCAGUUGCGCCCGUACAGCUUCAGUCAUCUUCAGUUGAUCAAGCUGUAGCAUCGCCGCCAUCGUCACCGUCACCCUGUGUCCAUGCCAGCACGUCUGGUUUUCUGGUCAGCCGAGAAGUCUUGGUAUCUCCAGCUUACGCUCUAACAACGCUAUUUCAACUGCUUACACUAUGAACGAUGGGUCCAUGAUGAACACAUCGCACGACGUCAUCACCUUCCCGCCUACACACAGAGCGGAUGAUGUUCACCAUUAUAUUCUCUUGAUUUCACACAUCUAAGACUGUAAAACCAGAAACCUAUCAAUACACAAUUUGCCUAUCUACAUGUACAAUGACAUUGUAAUGAAUCCUGCACUACUUUUUUGUGACUAGCAUAUAUCAGCUGUAGCAGAACGUUCAUUCCCAUCUCCGCUUUUAACCAUGAGAACUCAUUCAAGCAUUACAACGUCCCACUGGCUGUGACCAAACUCUAUGCUAACUACAUGUACUUCAUCAUCAGGUUUUUAUCAUCACCCUCCACUCUGAUUAUCACUGAUCCGUUCAGGUUGAAUUGUGUAUUUUGUGUUCAUUAUAUUUGCGAAUAUUGCAUCAAUUGCGUUAUUUUCCUGUGCAAAAGGCUUCUACCAUGACUAAUACUACUGUUGCGUUUCCGUACUGUCGAUAUUAUUGAUCUAUCAAUCAUCAUUGAUCAGUGAUCACUUCUGGUAGACGAGUGUAAUGGUGUGAGAAACUGAGAACCAAAUUUACUUGCCGACCAUAGUAAACUAUUAGU